AUGUCCACUGAACAUUUUAUCAGAAGAAUUAAUCUAUUGAAGCAAGAAAAAAAAUCCCUUGAAAAAUUGCUUCAAAGUACAGAAGAAGAAGUUUUGAAAAUAAUGAAGAAAAAUUCUGAAGAAAGCUGAAGAGUGAAACAGUUGCUGGAAUCAGCUUUGCCUCUUAGUAAUGAAAGUAGUCGUAAAAAGCCAGGAGGAAUGAUAGAAAAUUCUUCACAAACUGAAAAUAGUUUAUACCUUAUAGGGUUAAAUCUGUAAAAAAAUAUAUAUUAUAGAAAUUUAAGUUAAAAAAUAAUAUUGGGUAUUUAAAUUUCCAUAGGAUAGCAACACUUUAUCAUGCGAUUGCCCUUGAAGAAGAAAUUAUUACAGUUAAAGAAACACUCAUAAAUAUAGCUACUAAUCAUAGAAUGAUGAAAAAUAAGCUUGAAAGGAGAAAAAAGAAAAAUAAAGUGUUUGAAGACUUAAUAAAACAGUAUCAAGAAAGAGUCGAGAGUUUAAACAGAGAAAAAGUUAAUUUGAGAAAUAAAAUCGAAGAAAAAAGAGAGGAGCAAGGAGCCAUGAUUGAGUAUGUUAGGUAUGGGGAUUUAAUAGUUGAUCCUGUGCCUUGUGUUUUUAAAAUUCAGAAUGAAUAA